AUGGCAUCAAUCCAAACGUCCUCGCUUCUUGCUCUUGCAACCUUAGCAGUACAGAUCGCUGCUCACGGCCAUGUCGACUGGAUUAUCACUAACGGAGUAGCAUACCGAGGAUACGAUGCUCCAGCAUUCAAUUGGAAUCCAACCCAGUUCCCCGUCGCCGGAUGGAUCACUGGCGCAACUGACAAUGGCUACGUGGAACCAAACAGCUUCUCCGACCCUGAUAUCAUUUGCCACAGAGCCGCUAGAAAUGCUCGAGGGCACAUUGCCGUGUCUGCUGGCGACAAGAUCAAUCUCAAAUGGAACGAUUGGCCAUCAUCUCACAAGGGCCCUGUCAUCGACUAUCUAGCCAAGUGUCCCGGAAACUGUCAAGAAGCUGAUAAGAGUGAACUUGAGUUUUUCAAGAUUGGCGAAGAGGGUCUUAUUGACCUGUCUAAGGAUAGUGGCCACUGGGCCUCUGAUGUUUUAAUCAGCAACCAAAACAGUUGGACUCUCCAGAUUCCUUCGGCGUUGGCUUCAGGAAAUUACGUUUUGCGUCAUGAGAUUAUCGCUCUCCACGGGGCAGGGCAGAGAAACGGUGCUCAGAACUAUCCCCAGUGCUUCAACAUCAAAGUUACAAAUGGUGGAAAUGUACUUCCUGAGGGUGUCAAAGGCACCAGUCUUUAUAAAUCCGAUGACCCGGGUAUCCUCUUCAACCUCUACGUACCCAGAAGCUCUCUGUCCUACGAUGUCCCUGGGCCUACACUGGUGCCAGGCCUUCCUUCGUCAGUUGAGCAAAGAACGACAACGGCCACUGCGACAUCCAGCGCCACAAUUCCAGGCCAACAGACCACGUCUUCGUCGUCUUCGUCGUCUUCCUCAUCCUCAUCCUCAACGACAACGACAACGACAACGACAACAUCCUCAUCUUCUGGCUCUACAAUUUUGCAAAGCACAAGCAGCAGCCAAGGAACAACACUCAUAACUAUGACUACAAGCAAGUCUGACUCCACCCCGACUGGCGAUAUAAUGUGUGGACCGGUACAUGGCCUGGCGAAAUACUCCCAGUGCGGAGGCAAGAAUUACGUUGGUCAGACUCUUGAGAGAACUGGUAUUCCUCUCAUGUUUUCAAGCAGUUCCCAAUAA